AUGAGGGGCCCCGGCGUGCUGUACGUUGGCGGGCUCCCAGAGGGGGUUCGUGAGAGCGAGCUCUACGAGCUCUUCGACAAGUUCGGCCGUGUCAAAGGUGUAGACAUCAAGAUGCCUCCCCGGCCGCCGCCCUUUGCCUUCGUGGAGUUUGAGGACCCGAGGGACGCCGAGGAGGCUGCCCGCGCACGCGACGGCUACGACUUCUAUGGCUGCCGCCUGCGCGUCGAGGUCGCGCGCGGCGGCAACCCGCGCGGCCCGGGCGGCGGCUUCGGCGGCCCGCCGCCCAGGUUUGGCGGCGGCGGCGGGCCGCCGCGCAGCGGGUACCGCGUUACCGUGCGCGGCCUGCCGCCGUCGGCCAGCUGGCAGGACCUGAAGGACCACUUCCGCAUGGUCACCAAGCCCAUCUUUGUCGACGUCAUCCGUGACCGCGGGGAGACCAUCGGCGUGGCGGACUUUGAGACGCGCGACGAGAUGGACCAUGUCAUUCGCAAGCUGGAUGACACCGAGUUCAAGAACCCCUUCGAGCAGUGCUUCAUCCGCAUCACGGAGGACCGCUCCGGAGGCGGCGGCGGGUACGGGUACAACGGCGGCGGCGGCGGCUACGGCGGCCGCGGGGGUGGCUACGACCGCGGCUACGGCGGCGGCGGCGGCGGCGGCGGCUACGGCGGCGGCCGCGACUACGACCGCGACCGCGGCGGCGGCCGGCGCCGCUCCCCCUCGCGCUCGCGCAGCCCCAGGCGCGACCGCAGCCGCAGCCGUGACCGCAGCCGCGGGCGCGACCGCAGCCGCAGCAGGAGCCUCUCGCGCGAUCGGGCCCGCAGCGCGAGCCGCGACAGGAGCCGCUCCAG